UAGUUUAGAAGGCACACCCUCUCGUUCGCUAGAUUCGCCGCGAAACCCUAGCCACGUUCGAGGAAAAGAGCGAGGAGCAUCUGCUUUUGCUAAUACUUUUUCUUGUCAACCCUAGAUUCAGUGCAUCGUCUGAUUUGAGAGAAAUUAGAGCAAUUUCUUCUUUUGUUUCUCUUUUAUUGGCCCAACCUAGGCUUUAAGUUUGUGAUCUGUAGAUCUAGCUGGAGAAGCUCUAAGAAUCGGCGUUUUUCUUCAUCCAUCCACAUACCAUCCUCCCCACCUUUGAAUCCUAGGGUUUCUAGUCGUUUUUCGAGAUUUAGCGGGGCUCUUUCGCUCCGAAUAUGACUCCCACGGCGACGGUAUCUCAAGGAAGCGGGCCGCGUUAUGCUCCUGAGGAUCCGACACUUCCGAAGCCGUGGAAGGGUUUGGUCGAUGGGAGCACAGGGUAUCUCUAUUACUGGAAUCCUGUGACAAAUGUGACGCAGUACGAAAGGCCUGCUGCGGAGGAAAAGCUGCCUCCGCCACCGCCAAUUCCAAAGUCGGCGCCGCUUUCAUCCGUUCAGGUUCAUCAGCAUCAUCAUGAUGAAGACGGGAGAUCUCGGAGCCAUCAGCAUCAAGGAGUUAGAGUUAGUGGAGAACGUUCUGGACAUGCUUCAGGUGAUUUGGGACAUGGAUCUUCUGGCCCACAUAGUCAUGUUCACCUUUCAGUGCAUUCAAGGACAUCUAUGAGAAAUCAUGGUUCUUCUGAUGCUGGAGUGAGUUUAUCUGCUGAAGCAUAUCGUCGCCAGAAUGAAAUAACUGUCACUGGAGAUGAUAUUCCUGCUCCAUACGUGACAUUUGAGUCAUCAGGUUUUCCACCUGAAAUUUUGAAAGAGGUACACCGUGCAGGUUUCUCUUUUCCUACUCCAAUUCAGGCUCAGUCAUGGCCCAUUGCAUUACAAAACCGUGAUGUUGUAGCCAUUGCAAAGACAGGCUCUGGGAAAACAAUUGGUUAUCUCUUUCCAGGGUUUGUACAUCUUAAACGAGUUCAUAACAACCCCAAAAUGGGACCAACUGUGCUAGUUCUUUCACCAACCAGAGAACUAGCAACUCAGAUACAAGAUGAGGCUGAGAAGUUUGGGAGAUCAUCAAGAAUUUCUUGCACGUGUUUAUAUGGAGGUGCCCCAAAAGUUUCACAAUUAAGAGAUUUAGAUCGAGGAGUGGACAUUGUGGUUGCAACUCCUGGAAGAUUGAAUGACAUUUUGGAGAUGAGAAGAGUCAGCUUACGUCAAGUCUCAUAUUUGGUUCUUGAUGAAGCUGACCGUAUGUUAGACAUGGGAUUUGAGCCUCAAAUAAGGAAAAUUGUCAAAGAAGUACCUCGUCGGCGUCAGACUCUCAUGUUCACUGCUACUUGGCCUAAAGAAGUGAGGAAGAUUGCUGCAGAUUUGCUUGUUAACCCUAUUCAGGUUAACAUUGGAAAUAUAGAUGAACUUGUUGCCAACAAAGCUAUUACCCAGUAUGUUGAAUUGAUAAGACCAGUCGAAAAGCAAAGGAGGUUGGAGCAAAUACUGAGGUCUCAGGAAUCGGGCUCUAAGAUCAUAAUUUUCUGCACUACAAAGAGGAUGUGUGACCAGUUAGCACGGUCUCUUAUUCGUCAGUUUGGUGCUGCAGCUAUUCAUGGUGACAAAUCACAGGUAGAGCGGGAUAGGGUUCUGAGCCAAUUCAGAACUGGGAGAUCACCUAUACUUGUCGCCACUGAUGUUGCUGCUCGAGGAUUAGACAUUAAAGAUAUCAGGGUUGUGAUUAACUAUGACUUCCCCACUGGUGUUGAAGACUAUGUUCAUCGGAUUGGGAGAACAGGAAGGGCAGGUGCCACUGGAAUUUCUUACACAUUCUUCUCUGAUCAAGAUUCUAAAUAUGCUUUGGAACUUGUUAAAGUUUUGGAAGGGGCGGAUCAGCGAGUUCCACCAGAGCUCCGAGACAUGGCAGCACGGGGUGGAUAUGGUGGCAAGUCAAGGCGCUGGGCUUCUGGUUCUAGUGGUCGUGAUAGAGGCCGAUUUGGUUCUGGUCGAAUUGACUCCACCAAUGUUGGGAGAACUGGGCAUGUCCUAUCAGCUUCAAGUAGGGUAGACACUGAUAAUAACCGCAGCAACUAUGGACGUGAUCGGGAUGCUCGAGACAGAUCAGAUCGUGUGGAUCUGCAUGCUGUUGAUAAGCAUGUCUAUAAUGAUGCCAAAGGCAUCUUAAGAGGCCGUAGUCAUAGUCGCAGCCCUAUCCGAAGCCCUAGCUCAAGCCCAAGCCCAAGAAAAGGAGAGGGUGUGUUUGGCAAUGGUCAGAAUCGGAGUCGCAGCAGGAGCUGGAAUAAUUCUCGCAGCCGUAGUAGGAGUCGUAGUCGUAGUCGCAGCAUUGGACGCAGCAAUGGCAGGCUUCCCGUUGCUGGGACUUCUGGCAGGCUAUCACCACCGUCCAAGAGAAAGGAGAUAUCAGUUGACCAUCAUCAUGGAGGACAAUCACCACCACCACGGAAACGAAGGGAAACUUCGAGUGACCGUCACCAUUGUUCACCUCCACCUCCUAGGAGGGAAACAUCCAUCGACCGUCAUCGUGGUCAUUCGCUGCCCAAGAAGAAAAUAUUCAUUGAUCAUCUUCGCAGACAAUCACCACCCAGGAGGGAAAAUUUGAUUGAUCGUAACCGUAGGCCAUCACCAGAGUCCAGAAGAGAAAAUUUGAUUGGUCAUCACCGGAGACCAUCACCACCAUCCAAUAGGCUAAAUUCAGCUAAUGAUCGCAGCAGGACAUCAUCCCUACCCAACAAGAAUGAUAUCCUAGUUGAGCAUGGUCAUGCCAAGGAUGACUCACCAAGCCCACCAAGGCAAGGCUCUCAAUCUCCAUACAUCCAAACAGAGAAUGGAAGUAGAACUGAGUUGGAUAGGUUGGAGCAGUUGAGGCGGUCUCCCUCGCAGCACCUUAUUUGUGAAACUGAGCCUGAUCGGCCGAGGACACCCGAGCAUCCAAGUGGUGUAGAAUCUGGGCAGCUUCUUGAUGAACCUGUACGACUGGCAUCAGCUCCAGCAAAUGUGGAUGAGGAAGAGGAAGGCUUAAUUCCACCUGAUGAAGAGGAAGGUUUGAUUCCACCUGAACCAAAUGCAGCUUCCCCUUAUCAUGUUCCUGAUUCAAGGGACAACUGAUGAGCAUCAGGAAGUCUGCUUUCAAAUGAUUUUGUUGUAUCGUAGAAUGCAUUUAAGCGGAACCUGCCUUACUUAAUAACCUGUAUUGUUUUUCACGUCUUGAGCAAGGAUAUACUAUCUGAUAAUGCGUACAUUUUUUAGGCCAAGCCUCGAGUCGUGGUUUUUAUUGUUUCGGCUGCUUCAUGCUAUGAAACAUAUGAAGUUAAAUAUAUUUAAAACUUAUUCUAUAUAAUUCAAGCUUUCUUUACCA